AUGGUGAUGGAGUGGACUAGAGGACGAACCAUAGGCCGCGGCUCCACCGCCGUUGUCUCUCUCGCUACUGAUGCUUUCUCCGGUGAGGUGUUUGCGGUGAAGUCGGCCGAGCUUUCGCGGUCGUCUUUCUUGCGAAAGGAGCAGUGUUUUCUGUCUAAGUUGAGCUCUCCUCAUGUGGUCAGGUACUUGGGUUGUGAUGUUAGCACUGAACAGAAUGAGCCAAUGUACAAUAUUUUCAUGGAGUACGUACCCGGCGGCACGCUUUCCGAUGCGGUUCGGAGAAAUGGAAAGCAGCUCGAGGAGGGUGUGAUCCAGUCAUUCACGCAUCAGAUUGUGCAGGGUUUGGAGUAUCUUCAUUCUAAUGGGUUGGCACAUUGUGACAUCAAGAGCCAGAACAUUUUGGUGUGUCAAGAGAGUGGCAAGAUCAAAAUUGCUGAUUUGGGUUGUGCUAAAUUGGUGCAUGAAUCUCCCACGUCAGCAUUUUCCGGCACGCCGGUGUUCAUGGCGCCGGAGGUGGCAAGGGGAGAGGAGCAGGGGUUUGAAGCAGAUAUAUGGGCACUUGGGUGUACAUUGAUUGAAAUGGCCACCGGAGGCAGUAGCCCCUGGACGGAGGUGAGUGACCCUGUUUCUGCUCUCUACCUGAUUGGAUUCUCCAGUGACUUGCCGGAGCUUCCAAGGUGGCUUUCGAAAGAGGGUAAGGAUUUCUUGAGCAAGUGUUUGAUGAAGUGCCCAAGAGAGAGGUGGACAGCUAAGGAGCUGCUUGAGCAUCCAUUUCUUGAAGACUACUCAUCAAUGGGGUCUGUGAGUUUGAGCUCAUCUCCUAUUAGUGUGUUGGAUCAAGGUCUUUGGGAUUCAUUUGAAGUCUUUGAAGACGCUCCUCAGAAACAAGUUCGUCAAAGCAUUUGUUCCAGUAAUUCUCCGCAAGAUAGAAUCAAGAUGUUGAUUGGAGGUACUUGUUCUACAUUUUCAGAUACAACCAAUUGGGAAAUUGAUGAGAAUUGGUGCACUAUUAGAAGCAAUGGCUCUGAGGAUAGCCACGCCUUAUUGAAGAACAACAAUGUCAUUGCUAUCUCAGAGUCCAUGGUGGCAACUGUUGCAUUAGAUAUGGAUUCCAUUAUUGAUGAGCAGCUUCACAGUCCAAUGUGUGAUGAUGACGAUGAGGAAUUAGCUUUUGAAUAUUUUGUAGAAUCUGACAGUAGAAUUGGUAGUGACGGAGAUUUUGUAAUCUCAUACAUUGUUACAGACGAUUCUUUUGUAAACAUUCUUGAUUUUGAACAAGAUACUCGAAAUUAUUCUUUUAUUCACUCCCAAUUGUUAUUUUUCUGGCCAAACUGUGGUGCUUAA